AUGGAUCGCCGUUUUCAUUCUAGGAAUCAAAUGCCUUCGACGCGCAGCAGUUCUGAGUUUAGCACCAUCCACGUCGCCCUUCCUCAACAUUCCCAGAGUGAUUACAUCCCGGGAAGCAUGUCGGAUGAAAGCGGAUCUGGAGAGAGCGGCUUGAACGACAAGUCCGACGAAGAUGAGGUCGACGAUAACGACAAAUCUCUCCCUAAGAAAAGGGCCCGUCGGGCCCCUGUUCCUGCUCCUGCUAUUGCACCUGGACAGCGCCUUCAAGAGGCCGCCGUUCUUGUCUACAACGGCCAAACAGUCAACAACUGGAAUCAACUUGUUGCGCAGUUCAAGCAGGCCAUUGAAGGACGCGCUGCUCCCCAAACUGCUGCUCCCCAAACUGCUGCUCCUCAAACUGCUGCUCCUCAAGCCGGCCCAGGCUCUCUGAGUUUUGGGCAGACAACUACCAGGGCCAACCCCCAGCGUCUUCCACAUGACGCUAUAGUGACUCCUACCGUCCCUCGGCUUGUGGAUCCCGAUUGCCAGGCUCAACUUUUGCAGGAAGCCCGGGCUCAUAAUCACAAACUAGACAUCAUCAUUCAACUCUUGCAGCGAUCCCUUCAAAUCCAGGAGAGUGGUUUCACUACCGUCAGUGACGGUAUUACUCAGGCCAACGAAGGCAUUAAGCGACUGACUGCCAUCACUUGCCAACUUGGGGAUGUCUCCAACCAGCAAACAAUGGAGCUCCGACAGAUGCACAAUGAGAUGCGUCGUGUUAAUGGAAAUGCAGACUUGCCCUCUUUCGCCCCCUAA